UUAUUUUUGUGUGUUUGUGUUCAAGAUCCAUGUAUCUCUGAGCAGCUAUGCAAAGGCUUCCUGGAAAACAAUAAGCAAAGAAAAAAAUGUGUCCCAUCUCACAUGAUUCUACCCUACUAGAGACAGGAAGAUCAUAUACUGACAGAUAUUGAGAUUGUAAGACUUGGAAACUACAUUUUGCAAAGUCAUUGAACUCCGAGCUCAGUUGCAGUACUCGGGAAGCCAUGCAGGAUGAAGAUGGAUACGUCACCUUAAAUAUUAAAACUCGAAAACCAGCUCUCAUCUCCGUUGAUCCUGCUUCUUCCUCCUGGUGGCGUGUGAUGGCUUUGAUUCUGCUGAUUCUGUGCGUGGGGAUGGUUGUCGGGCUGGUAGCUCUGGGGAUUUGGUCUGUCAUGCAGCACAAUUACCUACAAGAUGAGAAUGAAAAUCGCACAGGAACUCUGCAACAAUUAGCAAAGCGUUUCUGCCAAUAUGUAAUAAAACAAUCAGAACUAAAGGGCACUUUCAAAGGUCAUAAAUGCAGCCCCUGUGACACAAACUGGAGAUACUAUGGAGAUAACUGCUAUGGGUUCUUCAAGCACAACUUAACAUGGAAAGAGAGUAAGCAGUACUGCACUGACUUGAAUGCUACUCUACUGAAGAUUGACAACCAUAACAUUCUGGAAUACAUCAAAGCCAGGACUGGUUUAAUUCGUUGGGUCGGAUUAUCUCGCCAGAAGUCCAAUGAGGUCUGGAAGUGGGAGGAUGGCUCGGUUCUCUCAGAAAAUAUGUUUGAGCUUUUGGAAGACGGAAAAGGAAAUAUGAACUGUGCUUAUUUUCAUAAUGGGAAAAUGCACCCUACCUUCUGUGAAAACAAACAUUAUUUAAUGUGUGAGAGGAAGGCUGGCAUGACCAAGGUUGACCAACUACCUUAAUGCAAAGAGAUGGAUAGGAUAACACAGAUAAGGGCUUUAUUGUACAAUAAAAGAUAUGUAUGAAUGAAUCAGUAGCUGAAAA